GUAAGUUAGUGUAGAACCGCCACUGCCUCCCACCAGCAGACGGUUCCUCAGAUGAAGUUCUGCAGGGGAACUGUUGGAAGAGCGUCCUUCAUCAGUGUUCCUUAAAUGUUUACAGGUUUGAAAUCAAGAACAUGUUCUCAGAAAGUUGUGUGUACAUCCCUGCUGAUCUUCUGUCUGAAGAAAGUUGUCACGCUUUGUCACGCACAAAAUGUAGAAACAAAACAGCUGCAGCCAAAAGCACAAACUGUACAAAAAACGUUGUGUUCAUGGUUCUGAAAGAACAUUUUCAAUGCAACCUUCAGUCAGCCUUUGACAAACGCAGCUGUAGGAUUUUGCUCAGAGGCUCACAGACAGUGAGCGACAGUAGCAGGAAUCAAACUCUCCAUCCACACGGAUUCCUGGAGACGUGACGUUUUGCACAGAUGCCUGAUGUUCUGCUGAACCUCUGGUUUAUCAAAGCUUUUUGGAGAGAGAGGAGGAACAAACGUUGACCCGCUCACCUAAAAUCUCGACGCUUUCACUUUUUUUGUUUGUUUUGUGUUGGAUGUUGGGCGCGUGCACAUCUGUACAGUUACUUAAAAAGUGGAUUUUUCUUCUUCAGUGAGAACAACAGUCUUUCGGGUCUGCUUUUUACUGUAAGGAAGAAAACACUGAACUUCCGAACCUCUGCAGCACCAAUCCGGAUUGAUUUACAUUGAUUAAAGCUAAAUAUUUAAGGUGUUUCAACCUGUAGGACUGGCCGUGCCUCAAGUCCGUGCGUCUGAGCGCGCGCCCGGCGGUGACAGGUGGAGUGGAGCUGAAGGAGGUCCGUGUUUUGGAGGAGGAGCUCCGCUCUUCUGCCUGUCCGGGUCUUCAGUGUGUCCGCGGGUUCUGGAGAGGAGACCCGCGGCAGCCACGCCGGCCGCGCGCGCGCAGACACUUGCCAUGCUUUUCAACCCUCCCGGAGUCACGCGCUCCGUGUGAACUGACCUGAGCGUAAACUAUAGUCCUGCUCCGCACGCCACCCGUUAUGGCUUAUCCUCAGGGUUUCCUGUUCCAGCCUGCCUCCUUGGCUCUGCCCGCUUGCCCGGCCCUCAGCCCGGGGCUCCUGCUCGGACGGAGGACGGAGCAGCUCAGCCGCUCCUCUUCGGGCUCCGCUUUCGCUCCGUACCCCGGCUCCGCGGCGCCUCCCGAGUUCAGCCCUCAGCUCCAAUACGGAGUGGAGCAGCAGGCUGCUGCAAGUCUCAGCCCGUUUCUGAGUCCGGCCUUUGACCCAUCUGCGGGUGUCUCCGGAUCAUUAGACUUCCAUCCAUUUGGACCCCUGGGGGCCUUUCCGUACGGAGACUCUGCCUACAGGAAAAAUGCCACAAGGGACGCCACGGCUACGCUGAAAGCCUGGCUGAAUGAGCACCGAAAGAACCCGUACCCCACCAAGGGGGAAAAGAUCAUGCUGGCCAUCAUCACCAAGAUGACGCUGACGCAGGUGUCCACCUGGUUCGCCAACGCCCGGCGCAGGCUGAAGAAGGAGAACAAGAUGACCUGGACGCCCCGCAACAGGAGCGAGGACGAGGAGGAUGAGGAAAACCUGGAGCUGGAGCUCCACGGUGAGGAAGAGGAGAAGAUCAAGAUGAGGGAAGAGGAAACUGAGCAGGGCAGGAACACAACCCCUCGGCACCGCUCUGCCUCCGGGUCCUGCAGGUUUAUGUUGAAUGGUGCCGACAGCGAGCCGGAUCGAGUUUCUUGUGUUGUGGACUCUGGGGACCGGGACCUGGACCUCUCCUCUGUGUCUGAAGCCCCCCCCUCAGACUCGGAGAGCAUGCUGAUGUUGAACUCGCCAUCUAAGGAGAAGGUGGAGUCCUGCAGUACCACCCAAGUGUCAGACUCCCCUCCCAAACCCAAACUGUGGUCCCUGGCUGAGAUCGCCAUGUCUCCAGACAGUAGGAGAGACUCGUUUCAAGGUGGGGGGGUGGGACGGACUCUGUUCUCCUAUAGUCCUGGUUUACCUCGAAACGUUUACUACACCCACCGCUUCCUUCCCGGGUUCUCCCCCCACAUGCCCAGCAGCCCCCACCUUCUGUUAACUGGACCGCAGCAGAGGAUGCUGGAGAGGAGGGGGGGUGCUGUUCAGGACUGUAAACCACGCAGCCACAACCAGUUGGAGCAGAACAAACUCCAACGAGGCAUGAUGAAUGUGUGAGUCGGCCCCACAAGUCCAAAACUGAUCGGACUUACCCGGAUCUGCAGGAGGUCCUGCAGAAGCUCUGAUGAUCUCGGCAUCACUAAGGAGGUUUCUGGACCUCAGGGUCCUCAGGGCCUGUCAGCGGCCUGGCUGGUCCUCGGCAAGGCCCAACCUGUCAAGACAGAUCCUCUGGAGGAGGCACUUUGACCCGGCAAAACAGAACUAACAAGAGUCCCUGUUCUGUUCUGACCCAUUCCAUUAGGUUCUGAGAUGCUUGGUUUUCACCCAAAUGCAGUAUCAAUUCAUAAAAGGAAAGGAUCAAUUUUCUUGUUCUUUUUUUUUAGGGCAAAACUGUUUUUCUGUUUGUUUUAAAAUAAUUAAAUCAAUUCUAAACUUUUUUAAAGUUCAGGCUGAAAUACUAAAGAUCCCAUCGAGUCAUCAUAAAUUCAGAAUGUUUGGAGAAACCCUCGGGAUUUAACGUCCAAAGCCACGUGUCUUCAUCAUCGCUGAGGUCAGGGGAAUGCCAAAGUCAUUCUGGACGUUUGAGCUUUCAAAAACAGACAAAUGAAGGUUGACAUUAAAAGUUUUCAUCUAAAAAGCAAACUUUGCUGAUUUUGGUUUCACGGCUUUAGUUUUUUUAAUCUUAGAGUGUCACUCUGAUCAUCUUCCGAUCUAUUUCAAAAGGGUUUCCAGUGGUCUCUUAUUAAUGAUCAUGCCGUUUUUAGCCAAAAUCAUUUUUAAAGACUGUCGUUUUCAGUGUUGGAUAUUUAAUUACUUUACUCAUUCCUCAAUUUAAAAAGUAAUUCACCACUUGAUAGAUACUCUUGUGAAAUCAUUAAAAUAAAAACAUGUAGGUGACACAAGAGCAAUCAGGUUUUUUUAGCACCACCUCAUUAAUUUCACCACACGAACAUGAGAAAGUUUACAUUAUAUAGUAGCCUACAUAGUGUAUAGACAGGUUGCUCAUUGGCACUAGUGCAGUGGAAAGCAGUUCAUCUGCAGGACAUAACUUGCAUUUAACGGAAAAGUUUUUUGCUUUUGUUUUAAAAAUAAUCUGAAUAUCUCCAGUUGCGGAAUGACCCUACGUAUUCGUCCACGUCCAUUCUCUUCAUCUUACUUUGACCAAUCUCCAACUCUGCAUUAGUGCACAUGCACGCACGCAUUAUGUAAACAGAGCCAACUGCUCACACAAAUUUGUUUGAUUAGUCACCGGAGCAACCCCGCCCCCACUUCCCCUUCCUGUUGUAGAUUGGAGCAGGGCGCUUGUAGUAAGAGUAGUGCAUCUUCUACAAAAAAUAAUUAACUUUUUUUUUUCAAACUGCAUUUCCCCCCCCCCGUCUGCUCCGGAUUCACGCCGAUUUGAAUAAAGAAAUACUUAAAAAUGCAAUCUUAGGCUUAAUUUUCUCCAUGUGUGUCCUCCCUCGUCAGAAAAACGCUACAAGAACAUGUUAAAAACACAGAAAACACCAUUUUCAGCUGAAUGAGUCUUUAAACAGUUUUGGUACCAGUUAGGUUAAGUUCCCUCAAACCCUCCUGCAGAACAACGGAUGUCAGGACAUCUUCCUCUGGAUUUCUGUUGAUCUCUUGUGAAGCCGAAUUUUUGUUUCUUUUUUUGUUAAAAAAUUCAUAUUUGUUAGGAAAACCACAGACUGGUUCAGAACAGAACCAACCGGGUCAGAACAGACCGGGUCAGGCUGUUCUGACCCCCCACAAAAGACUAACUAUGUAGGUUUGAUAUCAAAAUUUCCAACUUUACAUUUUAAACGUUUAAAUUAAUUUAGAAAUUAUGUUCUAACAAUUAAUUUAUUCAUGAACAUUUUUUUUCACCCUUCCAUCCAUCCAUCCAUUCACAUCAUAUUGUGUUGAAAGCUUAUUAGUAAAGAUCUGAAGCUUAAUGUGUUAAAGAGAAAAAUGGAUUAAAACAACAAAAGGUAACAUUUCCAUCAAAAAUUGAGGUGCUGAUUUUGUUUUUUCACGGCUUUAUUGAAUUAUUAUUAAACUAAACCAUAUGGAGGACUAACAAUGACACCAUAAAAAUGAAUAAACAAAUAUAUCACUGAAAAGAUAUGUAUUUAAAUGUUUUCCUGAAUGUAUGGAUGUUCAUUACUCUGCACGUUAAUCAUGUAUUUUGACAUUUUUAUAAUAAUUUGUAUCAAAUCAAUCAAUUAAUUUAUUAUUUGUACAGCACUUAUAAAAGCAGAGGCAACCAAAGUGCUUAACAUAGAAUUAAAUGAAAUCAGAAGUCUUGGUUUAUUUUUAUGAAGUCUUGGUUAGCUCUCCUUAAAUCUGACCUCAAAUAUCACAGAAACAUCAAACUGUGCUGAAGACGCGAUUUCUGUCAUAAUUGAGCAUUUGUGGAAACAGCAGCAACAAACAGCAAUGAUGGCUGCUAAAAAUAAGACAAAACUAUGAAGGUCUGAGAGCAGAAUCCCGAGGAACCCUAUCUGCAUUCUAACAUGUUUAACUUACGAUACUAGAUGGUUCUCUGGCACUUCUGCAGACUUUCUUGAUGUCAAAACUGGCUCUGCUCGUCUCUGAUUAGCCCGGUUCCCUCUGAUGCUGCAGACAUGAUAUCAUUUCAGAAUGGUGCUAUCAGGUAAAAAAAAAAAAAGUUUUUUUUCAUGAUUGUUGUUCUUUUAUUCUGAAAAGGAGCGAGUGAAAAAGUUGCUCAUCAGUUUGUUUUUCACAGGAAACAUUGAACGUUCACCCUUUUACUGAAUAAUGUCAAUGUGUUUUUUUCCCUUGUACAUUAAAUUCAGUGAGGUUUUCUGAAAACUUA